AUGAGCGAACAAAAUUCGGAUCAAACAUUUACCUCUACUGGCGGGCUUACUCUUGAGAACAUUAUUCAAAAUUAUGGAAAUCAAUUCGUGAGAGGUGGUAAUUUGCCUCCAGAAAGAAUGGAAGAAAUUCUGCAAGGAUUGAAAGACUAUUGUGAUCCAACAAAGCAAUUCGAUGCAGUUUCAGAUUUGUGCAAUAUAGUUUCCAUAUCUAAUGAACAAGCUCUCAGUAGAAUGGGAGUAGAUAGAUUCAUUCCAGAACUUUUAAACAUUAUGGCUAAUAGUGACGAUAGAUAUGAUUUGAUGGUAUUUGCUGCUAGAACAUUGUUAAAUAUGAUUGACAUUUAUCCUGCAUCGUGCUCAUUUGUUUCCUCUAAUGGAGGUAUUUCAAUUAUUUCCUCAAAGGUACUCGUUAUUGAGUAUAUCGAUUUGGCAGAAAUAUCUUUACAAAUUAUUGAACACCUUUCUCAUCAAUAUGGUGCUGCACUUCUCAAAGAAGGCGUUUUAAUGGCUUCAUUAACAUAUAUUGAUUUCUUUGGUGUAGAUAUGCAAAAGAAAAUUUUAAGAAUUGCUGCCAAUUUAUCUAAAAAUAUUGGAAAAGCAGAUUUUGAACUAGUUUGUGACAUUCUUCCAAAUAUUUCAAGAUUUUUAACAGCAUCAGAUCCAUUGAUGGUUGAAAAUGCAAUUGUUAGUUUAACAAGAAUAACUCAUCCAUUCUUGAAGGAAUCUGAAAAAUUGUCAAAACUUAUUAACUCUUGUUCUCUAAUUGAUCAGGCUAUUGAUAUUAUUUCUAAUGAAAAAACUUCAAAGAAUUCACUCAAUUUGAUUUUAAAAAUGUUGAAGAGUGUUUCUUCAAAUAAUGAAAUUGCCAAAGAGAUUUAUUCCAAAGGUUUGAUUAAUUUAAUACCUGGUUUACUGCUUCAUGAAAGAGGACUUCAUGAAUGCUUUUUAGAUAUAAUGUACUUUAUACUAGCACUACUUCCAAAGAUGCCUAGAAAUGAAGAAUUAGUUUGUCAACUCUCUCACUCCAAUAGAAAAAAGCUAAUGGUAAAGAUGACCGGGGUAAAACCACCAAAUGACCAAUCACUACCAGAAACUGAUACUGUACAGGACUCUCAAAUAGAGUCACUUCUUGAAAAAGAGCCUAUCUUGUUACAAACAGCAACUGAUGUAUUAUUAGAACCACUAAUUAACUUGCUUUCAUCAAGUCAAAAUGACUCAGUUAAUAAUUUAGUAUUGCAGAUUAUUGGUACUGUUGUUUACCAUUCUUCUGCUACUAUGUUAACAGAAACAUUGAAGAAUAUUCCAUUUUCAACAUUUUUGGCCUCCCUUCUUUCCAGCGAUGACAUUUGUAAAGUUACAACAGCAUUGCAAAUUUGUGAAAUGCUUUCCAAAAAGUUACCAGACAUUUUUGAUCUCUAUUUCUUGCGAGAAGGUGUCACCUAUAGAAUCAAAAAUAUUUCAGGAAUGGAUGAAAAAUCAAAGGAAGAGUUGAUGUUAGAAAAGAUGAAAAAGAAUACUAUUGCUGCCUAUGAAAAAGCUGAAAAGGAAAGAAAAGAGAAAGAAGAAAAUCAGAAAAAGCAAGCAAUAGAAAAGAAUGAAAGAAUUAAGAAUAGAGAAAAUCAACCACCUCAAGAAGUCAAGGAAGGAGAGACCCCACAGGAAGAGGAAAAGUAUGAAGACCCUGAAAAAAUUUCUGUUGCUUGGGUUCAUCCUCAUGUUGAAUAUCCAAAAAUACCAAAAACCUCAAGAUUGUACACUGAAAGAAGCAAGAAGGCAUCAUUCAAGAAUAAUGAGCUUGCAGUGUAUGCUGUAACUAAAGCUCAACUUUUUUACAAGGAUUACAUUACCAGAACAAAAGAUAUGAAAAUGGAAAGUUCUGGUUUUAUUGCCUUGCAGGCUAUUGGUAAACAGUUGCUUACUUGCAAAUCAGAGGAAGAAAAACUAUUGACAGAAUUGAGAGAUUUGUUGAUUAUUGAUGACUCUGCUACCUACUUUGAAAUUAUCAAUAGUAAUAUCAUUCCAACGCUUAUUGAAUAUCUUUCAGCUGAUACACACGAUAGAAAAUCGAGAGUUUACCGUUUUGCUCAAAUUUUCGAUCAAUCCAUCCCUGCAGGAAAGGAGAAGUCUCGUAAAUCAAAGAAUUUCUCGCAAAGUAAUGAUUUAGAAAUUUCUCUUUCAGUAUCAAACGCUAAUGACAAUCCAACAUAUCUUUCCGAGUUUGUAAGAAAGCUAAUUGAUGUUUUCAACUCUGUAGAAAACCUGAAUGUUAACUACUCUGAGUCUAUCACACUUUUAACUGGUGUAGGAUCAGUUCUUCGUAAAUUUUUAAAGUAUUUCAAGUUAUCCAUGACAAAUGAUGAAAACAAGAAGGUAGUUCUAUUGCAAGCAAAUUCUCUCUGUAAAGUACGAGAUGUCAUUAACUAUUUGCAAGAUAAUUACAGUGAUGAAAAAGAGCAAUCUACCGAAGCUCAAACCAUUCAAAUUCCAGAUUUCAGCUAUUUCCAUAUUAAUGAAAGAGAUGAUGAUGACGAAUUUAUCGGAAAUAUUGGUAAUAUUGAAGUAGAGACUCCAAAAUCAGAUGAAGAUACUUCUUACUUACUUGAAGACAAGGCAGUUAUGGAGGAUGAUAAACCAUCCAAACAAUACUCAAUUAUUUUGAAUGGUGAGGUUCUCAACCCUAACAUGACAUUAUUUGAAGUUUUUUACAGAAAGGGUACUCAUAACCAUCCAUCUGGUCUCAACUUGGGUGAUACUACUCAAAAUUUGUCUUUCAAGAUUUCUGAUUUAACUGAAGAAGUGAAAGACGCUACAAUGAGUGAACCAAAUGAACUAUUACAAUCUAAAGAAGAUGUUCUUCUCACUCACAUUUUCAGUCAUACGAGUGAUAAGGAUACGUUAAUCAAGGAAGGUAUUGACAAGGAUGCUAUUGAUAUUCUCGAGCUUCUUAAGAUUAUGAACUUUAUUAGCAAGUUAGCUAUUGUAUUGCCUCACACUGGAGGCAUGAAGAGAGUAUUACUUUCAUCCAAGAUAUUCCUUAACCCUAAAUUGGCUUCAAAGAUUGUAAGAUCUAUUCAAGAUCCAUAUUAUCUUUUUGGAAACUGUUUCCCUCAUUGGCUAAAACUUUUGAUCGAGGACUAUGGAUUUUUAUUCACUUUUGAUGUAAGACAAUUAUACUUUGACUUGACAACCAAGGGUAUUGCAAGAGCAAUUUUAACCAUACAAAAUAGAUAUUUCAAAUCCAGAGACAGAAAGGCAAGAUUGAUUCAAAUAGGAAAACAAAAGAUCAAACUGUCCAGAUCUCCAAAUAUUUUACAAAGCGCAUACAAAGGUCUUAUUAACUUGGAUACAGAUAGAAUCGUUGAAUUUAUUUUUGAAAAUGAGAUUGGUACAGGUUUGGGUCCAACUGUAGAGUGUUAUAACUUGGUUUCCAGAGCUUUACAACAGAGUGGAUUGACUAUUUUCAGAGAUGAAUUUGUAGGUGAACAAAAAGAAGCAGACAAGUUUGACAGACUUGUUGAAACCAAGACAGGGCUUUAUCCUAGAUUGAAGAGGCUUGUCGAUGGAAAGCUUCCAGAAAAAGAUGCAGAGCUUUAUUACUUUAUUGGAACAUUUUUGGGAAGAGCCAUUUAUGAUGGAAGAGUAUUAGACAUUCCAUUCUCUGAUGCUUUACUCAAACUUUUAAGAGGAGAAAAGCUUACUUUCUAUGAUAUUGAAACAAUAGAUCCAAUACUUUACCAACAAUUCUGUAAAUUACAAAAGAUGUGUCAAAAGGUUAAUGAGAUUAAAUCCAAAUCAUUAUCUGAUCAAGAGACAGCUGCUCACUUGUUAGAAAUUACAUUUGGAGAUGAUGGUAAAACAAGGUUAGAGGAUUUAUGUCUGUCUUUUACUGUAAUGGGAACAGAUAUUGAGUUGGUAGAAGGAGGGUCAGAUAGGGAGGUUACCCUGCAAAAUCUCGAGGAAUACCUUAGACUGGUUACUAAUACCAUUCUCCAUGACGGUAUUAUUCAACAAGUGGAAAUGAUCAGAAAUGGAUUCAAUUCAGUAAUGGGACACAAUUCCAUUGCAUCUCUGAAAUGUUUCUCCAUCAAGGAGUUGAGUGAUAUUUUUGUUGGUGCUGAUGAAGAGUGGACUGAGCAAUUAUUGGUUGAAGCAACAAAAUGUGACCAUGGUUAUACUCACUCUUCUAGAGUAAUUAAGACAUUCUUCAAGAUUCUUCUUCAAAUGACACCUUCAGAGAAGAGAGACUUUUUAAGAUUUGUAACUGGAGCUCCAAGAUUGCCUUCAGGAGGUAUUAUGAGUCUUAGACCAAAGUUGACUAUUGUUUUGAAGAAGGCAGAUGCUGGCAAGACCUCAGAUAUGUACCUUCCAUCUGUCAUGACCUGUACAAACUACUUGAAAUUACCAGAGUACUCCUCAGAGACAAUCAUGAAGGAACAAUUGUACAAGGCAAUUCAAGAGGGUCAAAACGCCUUCCACCUCAGUUAAGCGGCAUUGAAAAAGGAAAUAAAAUGAUUGUUGAAAAUUUG